CAUUAGCCACUGUGUGUUUUCUUUCCUCUGUGAGCGCUGUGUGCUUCCUGUUCCUCUAAGUUCUCGGUUCCGACCGUUUUUUCCGUUCUUUCUCGCAAGAAGCACUUUUUCACCCACCGACUGUGUGGAAAUCGCGUCGUGAACAAACAUUUUUCAAAUUCUAGUAAGUUUCGGAUGUGAAAAGUGGCAAAAAGUGAUUUCCAAAAGUGGCGCUUUCUGGGAGCUGAAUGCGGGAAAAAUCGAGCUACUAGAAAAUGGCUCUCGGACGGCGAAUGCUUUUAUUAUCAUGGUGGUGGUGGAUGUGAUGAGCCGAACUGUGAAAACCUGUUCGAGCAACCAACAACUUGUUAGAGGAGAUUCAAGUACAACCCGAAAGGAUAUAUUUGGUUGUAUUAGUGAGAAAAAGUCCGAAAGCUAUUAUUUCGAUGGUGCUAGUGCGUAGUGAAAAAUGCUAUGAAAAUUCGAGUUUACCAGCAUGGCCGCCGGGCCCGGUUCAGUGCUUUUUUAAUUCCAAGCUGAAAAUUGUUGAAAAGUGUCCAAAUCAACGAACGGGGCCGUGUUCUUUGAAAGUGUUGUGUAAUUUUUACUUGAACUAAACUACCAAAACUGACAAAGCAUAGCAAGCAAGAAAAUUGUGCUUAUACGUAGAUAACAAACACCUGCUGAAACCGCACCUGUUGGACCGGACCUGUCCACCCCGGACAUCCGUUCGAGGGAAUCAUGCAGAAAACCACCCGCUCCUUUACCUGUCUCCCAACCCGAAGUGGAUGGCACUCUAUUUCGGCUACUUGUUGCAUCAGGUUGUAAUUAUUACAUACAUAUAUUAGCAAACUCCUGAAACAGAGAUCCAUUUUAAAUGUGAUUUGAAACCUAGAACGAACAGUUAAAAAUGCAAUUAAUUAUUGGAAAAUACAACGAAAGCAAUAACUGUCCUGUGAAACAAAAGCAAAGUUAAAAUCUAGCAAUUUGGAAUCUAAUUCCCUCUUCCUAAUGUACAAUUACGAUAUAGAGCAAUGAAUAUUUUAUACAGCAAACUAUAAAAAAAUAAACCAAAUAAGGAUAAAUCAAUACCGCUGCACAACAACUCACGUAAACAGCAAUUUCCUCCCACCCGCAAACAGAAACAACGACAUAGCGCUAACUGCUGAUGUGAAGCAAGUAAGAAACUCGUCCAAAACUACCCCAUAACAACAAGUGUUAUACGAUUGUUUUUUUUUCUAAGCACAUAAAUAUACACACUGACUCACCUAUAUUGCUGGCCGCUAUCAUUGACCUCUCACCCCAUCCACAAUCCAAUCGAGACAACCCAGGAAAGAGCAGCACCUACUCGACCAAAAAAUCGAGCAAAUCUACCCUAAACACCAGAAGCCCGAAACUCUCUCACACACACAAUCAAACCAGCGGCAGGCCUGACGACACUGAAAAUACAAACAUUACACACCAGGAAAAAUCAACAACUCAGUCGGACCAAAAGUAAGUGAAACCAGUGGGACGCGAAGCCACCUGCUCUUGUAUUCUCUUCGCAGUCCCUUCAAAGAUAGAUCCGCUCUGAUGCACAUGUGAUCCACCAUCGCUAGCCUGUCGCUUGGUGUAGUGGGAGGAAAAACAGUCGUUCAAACGCGAAACUUGCCACAACAGGCAAGCGAUCUGAGUCUCUAAGCCCCCACCCAACCAGAUCCCAGCUGGGAUUCGUGAUUCUAUCCGGAGAAAGAGAGGGCCAUUAAAACAUAUUUCAUAAAUCCAACAAGUGUGUUGUUUUUCCGAAUCGUUUGCCGCUUUCCUCUUUCCUGGCAGGCGCCAGAAAAGGCAACCAGAGCCCCAGCGGCAAGAAGAACUUUUAUUUUUAUCGAUUUAUUAGUCUAGCAGCUUGGUACCAGUGGUGCAAGAGGUGCGAGAGGUUCACGGGUUCCUUCCAGAAAUAAAUAACAUUAUUAGUUCGGAUCAAUCCAAACAUGCCCCGUUGCUACAUCGUAAAAAAGCAAAGUGGGCUAGGGAACGACAAGGAUACCGGCAGAGUAAUUCCCUACGGUCGGCUCGCUACUAAUGGGUUGCUACCCAGCCAACCAAACGGUAGUGUUAGUAGUGGUGGGGUUGGAAACGGCAGUGGCCAUGUUACAAUUAUCAGCGGGACCAGCAGCAGCAACGGAAGCAGCACAACGGAAGUGGGAAAUGUGAUUGUGAAGCAUAGCAGCGCUGCUGGCAAGGGCGGCAGUCCACUGGUUAGCCCAGGGGGAGUGAUCUGCAGUCCCAGCCCGGCUUCGGCCGGAAAUGUAAUUAUACUGAAUAGUGUGAGUGUGAUCAGUGGUGGUCCCGGGGCGAUAGGAAAUGUGAUUGGAGCUGAUGGCACCGGGAUCACUGCCGGCGGAGGAAGUGGAAUGUCCGGAGCAGGAGGAGGAGUGAUACAGCGAAUGGAGGAGAACAGUGGACCCACCAGUCCUACGGAGGCAUGCGUUGCGCCGGUUUACUACACCAAUAUAGCAGAACAUCAAAACGGAUUCUCCAUUCAGUUAAGCGAUUUCCGGAACACGAAAUGUGGCCCAAUCACCGCCACCGUUUCCCACAGUAACACCAAUAUCAAAACUAACAGCAAUAAUAACACCAACAACGGCACCAUUAGCCACGUGAAGGCUAAUUCCUCAAGACAUUUAACGGUAAGUGCUUCCUCAAUUCAUUCCGUCGUCAACCAGUCGCCUUUGGCAUCAGCAGCAACAGUAACUUUACAGCCACCAUUACCGACAACAGCGACGGCGGUGCUAAAAUCCGGCCGUAGCCAUAAUAAUUAUCCGAAUAAAAGAGAACAACAGAUGUUAAUUUACACACAGCCCCCAUCAGAUAAGAAAGGAGAUAAAUCACCCUCGCCGGGGCCUGCAGGCAUCAACUCAUCUUCCAACGAAGCUAUUGGCGGUGGUGGAAGCAGCACAACAGGUCAUCAGACGUCAUCCGCCCUAUUCCAGUACGACACCACCUCACCGAUAUUCCGCGAGCGGAGCAUCGAAGAAACAGAGGCCGCACAUGAUUUAUUGUCCUUAUCGCAGAGCCUACCCCCUCUUCCGGCUCCGUGCGUGGUGACAAUUCUUCAUCCAAGCACGGAACCAACCGUGAAUUUUGUCACGUCCAGCGCACCAACCGCCAGUAGUGCCCCAUCAUCUGCCAUCGUGCAGAACACCAAUAACAUAAUAAAUAUCGUCGACGGCAGCUACCAGUGUCCCCCGGGAUCGGCACCAAUAUCGAUGAUAAUUCCAUGUUAUGGAAUUACAACGACUACCACCACCAUUCCAAUGGUAAAGUCUAUAGCUGCCUCAGCUGCUCCCCUAACGCCGCCAACGUCGGAGCAUUCAUCUGACACGGAAAGUAACGGAUCUUCACCGGCCGGCCAGCUAGUGGUGGGUUCAUUUGUAUCAUCGUCUUCCAACCAGUCCAUCAAGCGGACCAAAAAAUCUUCCUCUUCAACUUCAGCACUCGCACAACCCAGUAAAAAGACCAAAACAGAUCUUACCGAUUCUUCAGUGACUUCUACUUCAGCUGCUGAAUUGUACACCUACGAUGAUCUGAUCUCUAGCGAUGGUCGUUCGAAAAACCGGAAAAAAACUACCAGCGCUGCCACAAAAUUACCAACCACAGCAGCCAACGAGCAAAAGCAGCCACCAGCAGAAGCCAAACCGUCAGUAUCGCACGCCGGAUCGAACACUAAAGGUAAAUAUAAAUGUCCCGAAUGUGGUAAGCAGUACGCAACAUCGAGUAAUCUAUCCCGACACAAGCAAACGCAUCGCAGCCUAGACUCCCAAUCCGCGAAAAAGUGUCAGACCUGUGGCAAGGCAUACGUUUCUAUGCCUGCCCUAGCGAUGCAUCUGCUCACUCACAAACUGUCUCAUAGUUGCGGUGUUUGUGGAAAGCUCUUUUCCCGUCCAUGGCUACUGCAAGGCCAUCUACGCUCACACACUGGAGAAAAGCCGUACGGCUGUGGCCACUGCGGUAAAGCAUUUGCCGAUCGAUCUAAUCUCCGGGCGCACAUGCAAACCCAUUCCACAGACAAGAAUUUUGAAUGCCAACGAUGUCAUAAAACUUUCGCCUUGAAGUCUUAUCUCAACAAACACCUGGAAUCAGCCUGCUAUAAGGAAGAUGAUAUGAUCGGUGGUAGAAAGAUCUAUCACAGUAGUCAGGAUAUCGACCGGGACGAGGCACGCCAGAGGCAGUUGCAGCAAUUACACGACGAAAGCAGUAGCAUGACAAUCGAUGUGGUCACAACCACCAGCACCUCAUGGAGUGACAAUUUUCUUCAAGAUCCUGCCGCGGACAUAGAUGACGAAGCGGAUGAGGAUGAGGAUAUUGAUGUUAUUACGACGUAAGAUUCAGUUGUGCUAACAAUUUAACCAUAAAAUUGCGUUGAAGUACCUUUUUUUUUAUUCUAACUCUUUGCUACGACUGCUGCUAUUGAGGUUUAUUUUGAAAUUGCAUGACAUUCCAUCCAGUUUCAUUAAAAUAUUUUUCUUAUCCUGUUUCCUGAGUGGAUAAUCUCAAUGAAAAUUAACGGAACGCUUCCGAGAUCCAGUGAUGUUCCAACAAGUCAGCCGACAAAAUACUGUAAUUCUUUCUACUCGUGCCUGCUUCCCAUGUACGGAUCUCGUCCCAUUCAUUUUUGUAGCAAUCAUGUCUUCUCUCAUCAAUGCAAAAUUAAUUUACCCUCGUUCAGAAAACUCUAUCAUGGUAGAAUAACGAGCAUAUUAGAGCAUCUAUUUUGCUGUGAAAUUUUCCAAUCUUUAAAACACUAAAAGUUCUUUGAGCUAAGCUUCACGCCUCCGAUGCUUGAAAAUAGGACAAGAAAAAAACUGAUGAAAAGUAAUUUUAAGGAGAAAAAUAAAUUACUUUUUAAUGAUGACUCAUUGCCAUCUUGCCUGGAAGAAGAGUUUUCCUUCAUAAUAACUGCACUCUAGGCAUCUCUGCCGAAAUAAAUGCUAGGUGGAAAGCUGGCAGAAUUUUCACCGAUUCCUAACAGUGGCAAAAAGCGUGGCCGAUGUAAGCACUCACAGUCAAAUCACCUGCUUCCCAACGCUAAUGCGCCACCUCUUUGCAAGAGAAAUCGUGUCAUUUCCCCGUAUUUUCCGGGAAAUGCCAAACUGGCAUACUAUUAACGAUUACUCAAUUUAUGUCUCAUACCCAUGGAAGAAUUGUAGAAAAAAGGAAUAGGUACAAAAAAAUAACAAACUCAUUCUGCAAACUUCGGGUGUAGACUGUAUAAGCAACCUAUUCCCGGUCCACAAUCGCUCAACUAUCUACUCAAUUUGGGUUGAAAAAUUGCGUUUAUUGGAAAUUGAUGGCUCUCGCCUGUCAUCCACUUCAAGUAACUUCCUUUGGGGGUGAUUUUGAUGCUCUAUCGUGCGUAUAUUGCGGCAACUCAUAGUUUAUGGCAUUUGAAUUUUAUACAAACAUAGACAUCGAGUUUAUACGUGCUCAUAAUUAAAAAAUAGUAAUUUACAACUCUAUAGUAAACGUUAAAAAAAUUAUCAAUAUUGAAAAAUGAACAUAUGAAAGUAUAAAUUUAAAAAAAUCUCAAAUUCGAUUCCCCACAAACUGGUUCAAUAUAGAUGGAAUGAACUGUAAUCAAAGAAAAAAUUUAAAUUUCAUUACUUGUUAAAAAAAAAAAAAAACAAACAAAUUAUCUCCUCAAAAUAAAAAUCUCCUGGAGCAGCAUUUAAUUCAAUUUUCUUUAGUAUGUCGGACUAUCAAUGCGAUAACUGCCCCCAAUAUCUUUUUCCGCUAUAAAUCCCAGCUCAACUUUGUUACCUCCGAAGCUUAUGCCGAAAUACCGCACUCCAUAAUCGCCCAAUGAUCCUGGGUCCCACUUUUACCCUCGUCUCACUCAACGACAACAACAACUCCAACAAUCACUCCACACAGUCGUUUCUUUGUCACCUAUCUUAGAGCCCAAAUCCCGCACGCGAUGGGGACGACAACCACCAUGGGAAAGUAGGCACGUUGAAAAAAAAAGCUAAAUAAUGACACAUCCCAUCAAUCUUCGGUUACUUUUUCUCCAUUCUGCAUGCGCGCAAAGUCACUUGUUUUCUGUAAGAAUCUCAAGCAAAAAAUAUUAAGUCCACCUAAAAGCAUCGGCCGUAGCGUGUAUGAAAAAAAAUCCUGCCAUUUUUCGGGCCGACAACAGGCCUCAUAUAUAGCCGCACAGUCAACAGUACCACCCCGCUUCAUGACUCGCUGCGGACUGCGCUGGACAUCCAAGUCAUUAUCAAUCACCAUUAUCACCCAGUCCAGUCCAGCAAUGCAGGACCAACCAAUAGUGCGCGAGGAAGUAAAGAAAAAGUACCAUUUCUCCACCCUAGAAACUCGCCCUAGAAUCAAAGCCGAUGGCAACCGAUAAAAAGUAUAUCAUCUUCAAUCAUCGUCAUCCUUAUCCUCAUCAAACGCAAUCAUCGCGUACAACACAACCAUCAGCAGCCGCAGCAGCAGAGUACAAAAAAAUGCCAUCGCAAAUGUCAAUUAUUUUGGACACGUUUUAAUCGAUUAAUCGAUGUCAGAAAACACCAUUUUCAAACCAGGAAAAAUAACACUUUUCACUACAAAAAGCGAUGGACAAAUGGGGGAAACUGUGGCGAAAAUCUAAAUUCUUACUAGAUCAACAAAAGAACGAAAGCAAAAUAAACAAUGAACAAAAUUGACAAGAACCCAUUCAAUUAACUUCAAGAAGAGAAUGUAGGUAACACCUGAAAUAGUCCCGACGCUAUAUCAAGAUUUGCGUAAUGAUUCUGUAAAGCUCACCGUGAACCUUUUAACAGUGUUGGCGCUUUUAUCGACGAUGUUAAUUAGUGUUCAAUGAUCGAAUAGUUCAGAGUGUACUGCCUUAAUAAGCUAAAGGCAAAUAAAUUUCAAUCUUUCAGCAGCAACAAUGAGUUACAAUGUAACAUACAUUUAAAAAAUAUACCAAAACAGUGAGACAAUGCAAGCAUCGAAAAAUAGAAAGAAUUGGUUAAAUGUAGGAAAGCAAAAGUAACUUUUUCGUUAGUAUUACGGGUAUUUCCCACAAACUAGCCUCCUUCUAUCUGUGCUGUAAAAAAGAGCGAAGUAAAAGCAAUAUAUAUAUUCUUUUCACUAAACCUAUGGUAAAAAAUACCCACAAUAUAGACAGCACCAACUAAUCUUUUCUAACAGCAGUUAUAGCUUUAAGCGAAUUAGGCCAUGUACAGCGCCCAAACCCAAUUUCAAUAAUCACACAAGCGAUACUGACAAGUUGAGGUGAUUAAUAACUCAUUACUCGGGACAGCCACAUCGGACACAACUAUCGGCAGUUCGAGAACUAGGGAACUGAGCAAAAGUUUCAAGUAUAAACUGCUUUUUUCGCGCAGCAGUUUGCGUGUCGGUUCGAUUGGUGUACGGUGAGGGAAGGGUUGAUCUAUUAUUAUAUAUGAGACUUCCAGCCCCGAAAACCGCUAUCGUCAAAUAUGUGCUCUGUAAGAUAAAUGAUCCAAAAAGUGGCCCACUGUAUAAGAAUCAGAUGGUUCAGAAGUUGAUUGACGAGUGAAAAAUGACACAUAACAAGAGAAAGGAAAACACGUUUCCUGUCAUGUCCACAGAUUGUGAGCUGGUCGAAAAGUAGGUUAUAUGAAAAAGAGUUGUGUCAUCCAAAUGCAAUACUAAGAAAAUAAGCAACGAAAUUAGUGGAAAGAAAAAUGUAAAUUAUGCAAUUGUUUGAUUUUUUAUAUGGAUUCCUCAUUAGAUUUGUUCAAAAGUUUAGAACCCGGAAUUUAUACAUGCUGAAACUAAAACGUAACUAAAUACAAGCUAUAUACAUAUAUUUAUCCUACAGAAUGAACGUACUCGAUGCAACUGAAGCAAUUUUUCAAGGCAAUUAUAUAAAAAAAACAAUAAUACUCACAGCCCGCAUCUCCUAGAGAGUCGCUUCUAUUCAAGAUAACAUAUUUCGCUAUCAAAGCAUAGUGAUUUAUAGUAUUUCUAUAUUAUGUCAUUCUAACCUAGUCUGACUGCUACAGUCGUAUUCUCUGGUCCUUAUUUGAUUCUCUGUAAACAGAUAGCAAUUAACAGUAAGUGAUCAAACUCGUGUCUCUCUAGUCAAUUGCGUUGCCUUGGCAGUUGCGCGGAUAUUGAAUGAACGGGUUAUUUCCAGGAAGAAAAUUGUGUGUCAAUUCACAGGCAGGUCACGUCACGAUUUUAAAUAGUCAAUAAUUUUAACACGUUGGAAGCAAAAUUGAUUUAGUUAGGUUAGGCAAAGACCUCAUCGUUACUUUCGUUUAGAUGUCAAUAGUCUUGCUAAUGUUACGCAAAAAUACCAUGUUUAGAUUAUCGACAAAACAUGUUUAAACUGUUCAACUAAGUAAUAACAAACCUUGACAUUUUCAUACGCUAAGCUCUAUCAGAAAUCCACGAAGUCUUUCUAGUAAAACCAAAAGAACCGUUUCCGCCCUAAUCUUGUAUGCUUUGUGCACAAAAGUCGAUGAAUUUCGGAAAUAAUUUUCACUUUUUUUAUGUUUGUAGUGUCACUAAUUGGGAAGUAAGCUGCUACUGCUUUCUACUCUCUUAUCUUCUCUAUCGACCUCAUUUUGAACGUUUCGUAGAUGAAUCAAACGUAUGACGUAUUCUGGUCCAAUCGAAAUUUUAGACUAGAGCUAAACAAAGCCUGGAGAGCAGCCUUGUUUAUAGGCCUAGAUUUACGACUUUGAUACUUAUGUUUGGAAUCACAGCUGAUGAGUGUAAGUUAUCUUAAAUUUUGAAAUAUAACAAAAUUAUUUUUGGCAAAGGUAUAUGAAGCACGAAAAGGUUUGCAAAACAGUGGGAAAAUCAAGAUUUAGGGAAUAGCUGAAUAUCAAAGUUUUACAAAAAAGUUUAUGGUGAAACUUAUUGCAUUAAAUAUAUAACAACUAGCAGACCCGACAAACUUCGCCCCGGCCAAUUUUUUCUUUAUUUAAAUAAUUUGAAACAUGUCAUAUUGACUCCAUACGAUUUGUUUAUAGUCUGCAAAUGCAUGACAAUCGGAUAUUGGAUACGAUCAAAUUCAAAAGAUUAAUUGUGUAAAAUUAUUGGAUUUAUCGUAAUUAGAACAUCCAUCCUUUUAUCGUAAUAAGAACGCCCUCGCCUUUUGGCUUCUUUACAUCACCUCGAUUCUGGAAAUACCUAUAUAGGGUGUUAUUUGGUCAUUUUGAGCUGGUUUCCAGAGACCGGAAGUCGCCAUCUGAGAUUUCAAAAUUACAUGUGAAGUCAAUUUCUGGCCUUUGAGCAUCAAUCUAAUUCCGGGAAUACCCAUUUUGGGUGGUACUCAGCAAUUUCUGGCUGAUUUCCAGAAACCAAAAGUUGUCAUCUUUGAAUUCAAAAUGGUGUUGUUCAGGGUCAAUUCUUGGUUUCUAUGUAUUAUCCCGAUGACAGAAAUAUCCAUAUUAAGUAGUAUUCGGCCAUUUUUGGCUGCUUCCCACAAACCAGAAGACGCCAUCUUAGAAUUCAAAAUGGUGUCGAUUUGUGGCUUCUGUGUAUCAUUACGAUUCCGGAAGUAUCCAUAUUAGAUGGUAUUUGGUCACUUUCGGCUGUUUUAAGGAACAGGAAAUCGCUAUCUUAGAUUUCAAAAUGGCAUUUGGUGUCAAUUUCUGGCCUCAGAGCAUCAUUCUGGUUCCGGAAACACCCAUAUUGGCUGAUAUUCGGUCAUGUUCGGCUGUUUUCCAGAAACCGGAAGUUGCCAUCUUGAAUUCAAAAAAGGCGUCUGGAGUCGAUUUUUUGCUCUUGUGCAUCAUCUUGAAUCUUUCUAUUCUGUUUUCCGGAAAAAUUGGUUUUAAUAUCUGUUUUAUUUGUCUGGGAGACCUUCCCGCUUCAAGAGUAUGGAGGAGUGUCAAACCACCGUAGAAACAUUUCAGAAGAGUAUUAAGCACAACUUACUUCUAAAAUAUUACGUCACAUUUCACACCUUAUAGAGUAGUGAGGGGGAAAAGCAGCAUUUAUUUUUUUUUGCAACAGAACUAAUGCAAACAAUUAUCAUAAAAUUCGGUUUUGUUUCCAAGCAAUACAUAAACCUUUUGUCCUCAAAAUGUAUUACCAGAGUUUCUCGAAUUUUGUUUGUAGCAUGAGAAUUUCACUUUUUAGAAAAAGUACUCAAAUGCGAGCUUUUACCCCACACGCGGGGCAAAAGUUCGCAGUUUAAAGUAGGCAGUGCAGUUCGCACUGUAUGAACAGUGUAUUUAUUACACUAUCCUCCGUAAAGUUAAUUAUUUUUUGCUAGUUUUGGACUGAUUCUUUUUAGCUGCGUUAGAGCGGUGCUACGAAACAAUUUUCUUAUUUCCGGAAAUCCAGUUUUCUGUUAAUAUGUUCCGAAUCUUUUAAACUUUAUUAAUAUUUGAACAGAAUCUUACAAUUAUUGGUUCAAAGGUCAUCAAAUUACUUCCACAGGCCGCGUUUUGGGUGUUUUGGUGAUAUGUCCCAAAAUGUCCCAAAAUAAAUUCCACUGGGGUUUCUAGAGGCCAUAAAAUAAAUUAUUAAAUUUUAUUUUCGGAACCGGGAUGACGCCAAAAGAUCUGAAAACGAUCCCAGACUUGAAUUCCAAGAUGGUGACUUCCGGUUUCCGGAACACAACUUAAGGUGAAACCUCAUUGAAUUCAAAAAUGCCCGACUUCGAGUCACCAGUUCGAAUUUUCGAAAGCACAAGACUCGGAAAUAGUUAAUGCGUUCCCUGUGAAAAUGCUAUUUUAUGUUUGCUGUGGUGAAGCAAACAUAAAAUAGAAUUUUCAUAGGGAACGCAAUGAGUAUUUCCGAGUCUUGUGCUUUUGAAAAUUCGAAGUGGUGACUCGAAGUCGACCAUUUUUGGAUUCAAUGAGGUUUCACCUUACAAUUACCGAAUGCCAAUAUGUGUAUUUCAAGAAUCGGGACAAUGCGCAGACACCAGAAAUCAACUCCAAACGCGAUUUUCAAAUUCAACCAGACGACCUGGAAGUCACCAUCUAGCAUUUGGAAAUGACGUCUGAAGUCGAUUUCCGGUCUCAAGGGUCAUUUUAAUUCCAGCAAUACAAUUUUUGGGGGAUACUUGACCAUUUUGGGUCGUUUCCGGAGAAACUGGAAGUCAAUAUCUUGGAAUCCAAAAUAGCAUCUGGGGUCAUUCAAUGGUCUCAGAACACCAUCCCGAUUCCGAAAAUACCCAUUUUACCUGGUACGUGGUUUUACCACAUUUUGGUGUUUCCCAGGAACCGGAAGUUGCCUUUCGAAAUCCAAAACGGUGUCUGGGGUCGUUAUCCAGUCUCUGGACGUCAUCUCGACAAUAGAAAUACACAUAUUGAUGGGUAUUUGACCAUCUUAGGUUGUUUUCUAGAAGCCGGAAGUCGCCAUCUUGAAAUUAAAAAUAGCGUCUGUCCCUUUUUCCAAUCUAUUCCGGAAGGAACAUUUUAAAAGCAUAUCAACAAAACCAUAAAAACGGUUGUAAGGUUCUAUCAAAAAAAUCAUAAAACCAUAAUAUUAAUCAGUUUUGGUGCAUAUCCGCAUAUCAUUAGUUAUUCUUGAGUAAUUUCUGUACAAAAACAUCGUUUUUAAACACAUUUUUUUCAUUGUGGUGAAUGGCGAUUAGUGCGUACUUUAACCCCGCGGUUUUGCCCCACAAUGAGUUUUCCGAGUGAUUUGAGUUUUAUGAAAAACAUGAAAAGAUUUUCAGCAAAUUUCUGUAGUUUUCGAAAAAGUCAAUCAUAGUUCCCAAAACUAAGACAAUAAGACACAACAGCUCAAACACAAUUUUCCUCAUAGCUUCGCACCAUUUCAACAGAAUCUUAUGUGUUUAUAUGUGUGAUUAACUCACGUUAUAAUACUGCAAACUCAAACAAUGCUGCCAGUUUAUUUCGCUCGUAUGCUUCGAAAAGGCCAAUGCGUACUUUUACUCCGUGCGUACUUUUGCCCCUCACUACUCUACUUCCAUAAUCACUUUAAAUACAACAUGAAUAUUCUUAGAACGCAUAGAGUGGAAGUAACCAUCGCCAGGAGCUGAUUUCUGGCUUCUGAGUAUUAACCCAAUUCCUGAGAUACCGAAAUUGGCUUGUAUUUGACCCCUGUGGGCUAUUUAUUAGAUCCGAAAGUUGCCAUCUCGGUUCAAAAAAUAAUGGAUACUUUUUAACCCAUUUUAUGCUGUCUUCCAGAAAUCAGAUGUCACCAUCUAGGAUUUCAAAAAAAAACAUUUGCGUUCAAUUACCGGCGUCCAAAUUUCAUCCUGUUUUGGAAAUACUCGUAUUGUUUAGUAUUCGUCCAUGUAAAGCUGUUUCACAGACGAAAGUGGAUUUUAAAACAUCUGGAGUUGAUUUCGGCCUGUAAGCAUCAUCCCGAUACUGGGGAAGAUAAUCCUCGGCCGGCUCCAGAAAACUGGAUUUACUCUCUUGAUUAAGGAUGGCGCUGGAGUUAUUUCUCGGCAGAGGCGUACCCACAUUGUAGCCCUCGGUAGGUACAGGCGUAACACCAGUAUUGACUGAUAUUUUGCCAUCUUAGGCUUUUUUUUAGAAGCAGGAAGUUAUCAUCUAAAAAUACUAAAUGGCAUCUGAGGAUGAUUUCAGACCUUUGGAAAUCAUUCUAGGUGAUUUUUUUUAAAGCCGUAAGACGCUACCAUGGAUUUCAAAAUAGCGUUUGGGGUAAGUUGUGAAAAUAGUCAGAUACACCUCAGAAGGGAAGGAAAUAAAAAUGGCGACGAUACGGAAUUUGAUUUAUAUAUAAAUCUAGCCAAACGUACUUAGCGUGGCUAUCAACACUUAUAUUUCUUAUAUUCCAUUCCAGCCAUUAUGAUUUCCACAAUGGUGUUGGGGUCGAUUUUCGAUUCAUGCCGUUUAGACUCUUUCGACGGAAUUCACAAUCUUGGAUUUCAAAAAUACCACACCGAAGGUCCACUUUCGGAUGUGUUGGAGAUAUUGACAUACCUCUAUUUAGGUUACUCUCCUAAAACACAAAGUUGCCAUCUUGGAAUUCUAAAUGGCUCAUGGAAAUGAUUUCUGGUCUCCCUGCAUCGUUCUGUUGAAAAUAUUCUGAAAAUUCUAAUAUUGAAAGGUAUUUCUGUUCACCAUUCGUCAGUACCCGGAAUUCGCCAUCACAGAAUUCAAGGUCAGGGUUUCUGAAAUCAUUCUUGAAUAUAGGUCUAAUAAUCUGCAAGAUCAAUUACGAUUACUACGAUGUUUGUAAUAAUGUAUCUGAUUGAAAUAGCCUAAUGUGCCUGGAAUGUAUGCCAUUCAAUCAUUUGCAAUAUGUUCUAGAUUCUUUUAAACUUUCUUGAGAUCUAUCGGGUCAGCCACGACAUGUACAAUAUCUUCAGCAAAUCCUUACAUAGCAUCAUAGGGUGAUGUUUGAUAUACUAUCAUUUCCAUAUUGCCUUGAGUUUUGAUUUAGAGGUGAAUUAAGCAUAAAAAGUCAUUAUCAUGCAUAUUUUUCGUAGUUUUGUGAAUUUUAUUUCGAUUUUUAGUAAUGAGAUACCUACCUAUCAUGAUUUUUUAUGUUUAACGUUGUUUUAUGAAUGCCAUCACAAUUUUUAGUAUUAGAAAAAAAUAUCGCCUAAUUUUUAAGCUUAGAACGGUUAAAAUGGUUACAUUAUACCUUAGAAACGGAGAAAAUAAUAUCAUCAAGAUCAACUGCGUUACGGAAAUUCAUUUUUUAUUAGAAGAAGAAGAAGAAGAUAAAUUAUUCCGAAAAAUCUUAGUAACGAGGGAAAUAUAGUUUUGCCGGAAAUUGGGUGUUUGCUGAAUUUGUCAUACUUUUGUAACUAUGGUUACUUUCGGUUCUUUUUUUUCAAGUCUAAAAGGUUAUCUAAGGUUUUCAUUUUUUCUAAAUUAAAAUUCAAAAUGUAGUCUCGUAGACUUAUUUUCCAUUUAAUCCUUUCAUUUAAAAAUCUUGAAUAUCCGCUAAAAGCAACCAUUAGCUACAAUACAUCUACUUUGAUUCCACUCCAUGCACUUUGACGGUCUGCAAUUGUUCUAUGUUCAAGCUUUGCUUGCAAGUAUUCUGCCCUUUGCCAGCACAUCGGGGUCAGAAUGCACUGGUUUCCUUCCUUCGGUUGUCGCGCCAUUUGCUGUCAUUCCCAUUCUCCUAAGCUCCUUUUGUACUUUUAGCAGUGCUUGCCGCGAAGACAUUCACGCUUGCUGAGCGAGUGGAAACCUCUUGAAGCGGUUGUCCAACACCGAUUCAGAAACGCCAAUUGGGAUGGGUGGCUAUUGCCGGUUUCGCAACGUCUAUAGUUUUACCAUUCUUUUUGCUCUUGAUUAUAAAAUAGCAAUUUCGCCUCCACAGUCUGUUGCUUGUGAAAGAGAGAAAUUAUGUAAUUAUUUUUAAUUGAAUUUGAGGGAAAUGCGCUACUCUGCGAUGGUGCCACCGAUUUUUUCGCCUGUUUCUAUCACUAUCUUCGCUUGCUACUGCAGUUCCUCAGUGCGGUCGAUCCUGGCGGCCGUGGUGAUAGGAUUGAGAACCGAAGCAAUGGUAAAGUCUCUUGUAUUGCUCCCUAACCUUGGUUUGAAUUCGCAAUUACAUUGCGCUUCUCAGCGAGCAAAUUGGGUAGGGAAAAACAAUAACAAUUGUUUUACGAUUACUGGAGGCAAAUUUCGAUGGUCCAUUUUCCAUUUUAAGAGCUUCGUUGCGGGUCAUUAAAAGCGACUAAAUGCAACGCGGCACUAGUGUUUGAUCGCCGUCACUGCUCCCUUUUUGGUACUGGAAUUAGUAUUAGAAUUGAGUAUAAGAUAGUAUCUUAACUAACGAGACUUCCUCUUCUAGGAUGAAUCAAUUGCCGGAAUAGUUAAUGAGAAAGAUAAAAAUCAAACUUUGAAAAGAAAAAUCAGUCGGUGAUGGACCCUUCUGGUACGAUCGUAACGAGAUAACUUUCUAGAAAAUGGUAGCAUUCCUGCGAACCGAAGUUAAUACUCAUUUUUCAAAUGAAAACACUACCAAAACCAUAAAACACUGAAAUAAACUUCAUAUCCAAUUAAAUGCCUCGAAAGUUAUCUACCAGGCCUACUAUUAAGCUGUAAACUUCCGUACAAAAUGAAACAACAAUCGUUAGUCUCAGUACUAAUUGCAAUCGAAAUGUCGUAAAAGUGAGCGCAACGGUUUGUGCUCAAUUGCUAGGUUUAAAAAAGUGACCGGAGAUUUUAUCAACGCCAAAGUAUUUCUUGCGCUUCAAGUUUCUAGUUUUUUUUUUUUUUUCGAUAACAGUCAUGAAGUCGUAACAUGAAAGGUCAAGCUCCUUGGUUUGGUUUUUUUUUUAUUCUUAUGGUACACUAACAUAAAAUCAUAGAAUCAUUGAGAGCGCAACACGUGCAUAGAAACAAACAAACGAUACACAAAGUGCACUUACUAACUGUGCCUGUGUCGGGGGAAACGCCGAACGUCAAACAUGACUGGAAAAACCUCUAGAGCAGGAAUCUAGUAGUGGUAUGCCCCUCCAGGCGUCGGACUAGGAAGUAUCAGACCAAUUUCAAAAAACCUGUCAGCACUUUUUUCGCUAUCACUUCAUGUUCUUAGAACGGUGCGGUAUGUGUGGCUUUCUUACCUUCAUCGACGCCUCACAAGACCAGUUUCAGUGUUCGUACUACGACAGCCUCAGAUUUUCUUUUGUAGGACGGUAAGCCCAUUUUUGCAUCGCUUGUUUCUGCUUUUCUUGAGGAUAGCUUGCCGGAAGCGUCGCAACAAUCAGAAACAAAAGAACUCUUCGUUCUGUUUUUGCCGGUGCAAUUUUAUCCCGUGGGAAAAGUUGCAACAGUGUAUUCUAUUUUUCGACGAUACCCGCUGUUUUUAGCCCUUGAGAUUUCCAGCGAAGUAAAAGGUGACUGUCUAGGCCAAGAGCAUUCUCUUUCGUGUGAAAACGAUAAUUGUGUUGUGGUUUUAUUCUGAUAGAGGUAUUCAGUGUCAACGUUAUCCAAAAGGGUGAACCAAUUUAGAUUUAAAUGUGGUUUAAUCUAAUUUUGCAUAAAAACACUGUGUUCAUUCAGAAAAUCUUGUACAACAGCAAAAGGAAACGCAGUAUAUUUCCACUUAUCUUCUGAAAAAUGCGUUGUACAUUGCACCUUGUACAAAAAAUUGAUUGCUGCCAUUACUAGUUUUCUUAAUAUUAACUGUACCCUUUUGACCUAUCGUGUCCACUGUUUUCCCACCUCUACCAACCGUAAACGAAAAAAACCAUUAUAGUAUCAACAGUUUUCAUUACCCUACUGCACAUAAAAAUAUUUAGAUUGUGCGUUACAAGCUUAACGCACUAUCAAAAAUUCAAACGAUUGCAAUGUUCGAUUACAAUUCAUGCAAAACGAUGCGAUACCUAUCCAUAACCGCCUCGACCGUCGACCAUGGUUUGAAAUUGGUUUUGAGUAAUUCAACCGUUCUCUGCCCGCCCUCGGCAGCUGUCACCUUACCAUCGGGUUUCGUCGACAUGGUCCGGUCAAGUGACCACUCAAUUCAAAUCCGUUGGGGUAAAAUUGAUGAUUUUUGUUAUGGACACACGCAACAGCUUAUCAGGAUUGACUCCGACAACUGCUGUCUCCCGAACACCCUCUCACCUAACCUCCCACCGUUAAUGACGAUUGCAGCCCAGCUGGCAGGUCUAUUUCCCGUCCAAACCAGGCUUUCAUAGUGCUCGCUGAUAAAAUAAACAACAAAAGCUCUGUUGGGACAUCCAUUCAUGGUGGUAAAACGGUUGCCGCUUGUUUUAUUUAUUUUAUUUUUAUAUAUUUUUCACUAUCCAGUUAAAUCAGUUUUACCCGAUGCUCUGAUACGCACUCAGCUGGGAGUACUUUCCAUUUUCUGCACCAUUUUAGAUGAUUUUUUGUCGGUUUCCUGAUGGGCUUAACGAACAAAUUUUCAGUUUGACAUUUGCGUGCAUAAAAUGUGCCUGGUAGUAACUCUUGAUCGACAAAGCUUGCACAAUUGCUCGCGGGACUGAAAACUCUAUGGUAAAAAAAAAACAUUCAGACCAUUAGGAAUAGAUUUCAUUCGCACGAAAUUACUGCCACCAUGGGAAUAAUUGCGGCGUUGACAGUUUUACUCACGUGUGCGUGUACAGCCGUGCGUCCAAAUCAUAAAGGAAAACUAUAAUCAAUUUCAUCCGAACUGCAAUUGAUUGUCAGUGCUAAGUUAAUAUUGAGGCCUAUAGUAUGCUCUGCGAUAGAAUGCAAUGUGCAUCGAGUCGAAUACAGUAUUUGUGCAGUAAUUUGGGAUUUAAAAUGGUUGACAACACGCUCUCAGAAUUUAAUAAAACUUUAUGAGUGUAAAGACUAUGCCUAAUCCAUCAUUGCAUAUUUUGCUUUUACAAAAUCGAUCUACACUAACUUUUGAAAAGAUUAACGACAAAACUUACGAAAAUCUUUCUCACGUACUGAUAUGUAAAAAAAAUGCAAAAUUUCACAAUUGGCACGACAUUUUUAUUUACUUGUUCUGUCAAUCUACAGAACUUCAUUCACGGUGAUGUAUUUUCCAUUAAACUUUAUAUAUUCCGUAAAACGGGGCGAAUAGAAAUAGUCUUCGAUAAAUCAAAAAAUACUGUAAUGUCUAGAACGAAUAUAAAAGCUUUAAAACAUGUGUGUAGCCUUCCACUACCAAUGGUGUAAAUACCAUUUCGAUAAAUAAAUAAUUUAUUCUUUCAUUAAAAAUAAUGUUGUAUGUUUCUAUUCGCCCCGCAAUUGGAUGAAUAGAAAUACUUAUCAGUUGACUUCGAUUUUCUUGUUCUGAUGAAAGAUUUGAAUUUUAUUUCGGUGAAAAAAAAAAACAAUCGCAUCCUUAUUGAUAUGAUGACGUUAAAAAGCAUUUAAAUAGCGAAAACGUUCGGUUUACUACUUCAUGAAUGUCAUCUUAAUGUAUGGAUAUGUCCUAACAAAAUUAGAAACGAAGGAUUCUGAGUUGGGUCAAGCGUUUCUACCGACUCAGGAUUUUUUUUGUACUCGGUCUAGACACGGCCUCCAGUAACACUUCGUGCUGGUAGAACUGGAAUCUUGGUCCGUUUCAUUCGGGUUGUUGAUGUCUUUGUCGAUUUAUGUCAAGUGUCACGCAGCAAAUAAAUCAGACUUUUGUCGAGUUUUUGGCUAAUAGCUUGGUUUUCUGCUGGAUUGUGUUCUGAUGGUGGCUCAGAAGGUUGAUUCCAUAUUUCGUGGUCGCUUGACGAAGGGACAUUUUUUUCUACGUAAUAUUCUCUGCAGCUUGCACCAGACGGAGUGAGUCCGGGUUUUUAUACGUUUUUGGAUCAUUAUGUUAAUAAGUGCUGACCAAGAUGGGCCAAGGAUAUACAAAACAUGUUUCAGGUAUCAUUUUACAUAAAAAUAUGAUUGUAUUUCUUAAAACUGCUUGUUGUGGUGUAAAAAUAUUCGCUAUGGUGUUGUUUCUAUUCGCCACGUAAAUUGGCGAAUUGGAAGUUUUCCAAAGUUUUUUGGCACUCCGAAACGCUCUGAACUUGAGUCUCCAUUUUGGAUUAUUUUAAACAAACUGACAGUAGUGCUUCUUACCCAAAAAUGGGUUUGGAGGACUUGUUUACUAUUGAACUAUCCACGAAAAUUUUUCUACAUGAUUUUUUAGACCUUGUGACAACAUUUUUCAAGCUCAGAAGUAUUGUUUAUAUUCGCCCCACUGUCUCUAUUCACCCCGUUUUACGGUACACAGAUUUUUACUUCCGGGGACAAUCCAUGUCCUUAGUUCACAUUGGAGGUAGUCAUUAUUCUGUUGACCUCUGCUAUGCGCCGGACCUUUUCACAAAGUAUUUGUAUGAGUCCUUGCUAGCCUUUGCAUUUAUAAUCAGAUAGGGGUCCUUCCCCAUUACACGAGGACAACUGAGGUAGAAUGAGAUUUUUCCUGAACAACUAGGCUGAAUUUGAAUCAUUUUUGUUUUGGUGUUUUGUUCUCGUUGAACUUUAUUAAUUUGAACCAGCCUUAAGCUAAUUUUCUUUUCUUUUUCGGAUCACUUGUUAAACAUGACAUCAUGCGCUUUUUUUCAUUUUUAUUUUUUUCCGUAAAUACUUCCGAAUUUGGAAUCAUUUUCAUUUCGGUUGCUUUUUUAGUUUGCUGCAGGUUUUAUUAUUUUAGUUUUUACUUUAUUGUUACUUUGUUAUAUUACUAAAUUAAACAUAUUUAACCAGCUGAGUCGGUUUAAUUUAGAUUGACAUUGCGAUUUUUUUUUAUGUUUUACAAAUGCAGAACGAAUCGGAUAUUCAAUAUGUUUAAACUCGCCUUUUGGUUUCUGUACAUCGCUUCGAUUUUGGAAAUACCAUGGAACGGGGUGAAAUUGACCAAUUUUUAUAAUAUUUCCAAUCAACUAGCUUCAUGUACAUUUUUCCCAAAAUAGUAUAUAUUUAAAACAAGUACUGGCAUGUGCUCUAGAGAACCUCUAUGGCUAUUGGUGAAAUUUCUGUCGUCUACUUCAUGAAAUAAAUUCGAGAAUUCUAUGAGGUAAUAUGAGAUAAAUCGGGGUGAAAUUGAUCACCCCUGAAAUCAAUACAUUCUAUUGGAAAUUUGCUUUUUUUCUUUAUGUUUAUGAUAAAUGAUGAUUUCUGGACUGAAAAAUAUCAAUCACAGGUAGUUUGUAAACGAAAAUAACGAUAUUUCAGGUUAAAGUUUAUUUAUUUUGGUUCACGAGCUGCAGUUUGCUAGAUUUGCUCUCAUUUGAUCAUUGUUAGAUCGAUUUCAAUUUGGUUUGUUGCAAAAGUUAAAAAACUAGCUUUGAAAUUAAAAUGUUUGGGGUUUCCUGUGAAUUCAUCAGUAUUACUUUGAUGAUAUGGAAAAAUCAUUGUUGAAAAUUAUAUUUUUUGAGCUUUUAUCAAACUUUACUCACUUCUCCAAAUUUAACGUAAAUAACCCCUAAUUAAGAUUAAUACAAGUAAAUUCAAUACUUUUUUUGUUAUUUAGAAACUUGUUCGAUCAAAUUUGAUUGAGUUUUGACUGAGAAGAAUUUUUCGAAAAUAUGUUGAAUUGCACCGGGCAUGUAAGGGUUAACUUCGACAGGUAUGUGAAUCUUUCAAAAGUUGCAUUUUAGGACUCGUAAACAUUGCCUAGUUUUGUAAGAUCAGUAUCUUUUGAUUAGUAGUUUUUAUCACGAAUUUCCAGGUGAUCAAUUUCACCCCACUGAUCAAUUUCACCUCAUUCCACGGUACCCAUUUUGGCUGGUAUUCGGCUUUGGUUUUAAAAUGACACGUUGAGUCAUUUUCUGAGCUCUGAACAUCAAUAUGACUCUUCAUGUUGAGCUCAUAUAUAAAUACCCAGUGGUCAAAAUACUCACCUCCAUUGACGAGUAAUGUAUACUCAGUUCAGUAAUUUUUGGCUGCUUUCCAGAGACUGGAAGUCACCAUCUUAGAAUUCAAAAUGGUGUUUAGGGUCGAUUCUUGGUUUCUGUGCAUCAUCCCGAAUAUAACGGAAAUAACCAGGAUACCGAUUUCGGAAAUGGUCUUGGAUGGUCUUCGGUUAGGUUUGGCUAUUUUCCAGAAACUGGAAGUCAUAAUCUUGGAAGUCAAAAUGGCAUGUGGAGUCAGUUUCUGGUCUCUGAGCAUUAUUCCGGAAAUUCCCAUAUUAGGUGGUAUUCGACCAUUUUUGGCUGUUUCCCAGGAACCAGAAAUUUUCAUAUUGGAUUUGAAAAUGGCGCCAGGAAUCAAAUUUUGGCUGCUCAUUUACGGCCGUUUACCGGAAAAAAAGAUUGAAAUGUCUGUUUUCCUUACUCCCUUCCAGAGUAAAACCAUCACAGAAACAUUUUUUACCACCAAAAACCUCCAAUGCAAAAUUUGGUUCCAUUCGCUUGAUUAGUUCCCGAAUUAUGCCGAAAUUUGUGUUUGAUUCGUAUAGGAGCCCUUCCUUUCAUAAGAAGGAACACCAAAAUAUUUGUUGCUCCCAAAGUCCCAGAGUCCAAAGUAGGCACGAUUUCCUGUCAUAAGGCGUCGAGGAAUUUCUUUGAUGGUGUCGUUGUCAGCAAUCACCAGUGAGCUCAGGUACACGAACUCGUCUACCACCUCGGUUUCAUCACCGCUAAUAUGAAAUAAUGGUGGAGGUUGAUACUGUCUUCUCUGGAACCUCUUCCUCUCAUGUACUUAGUCUUCGAUGUCCAAUUCGUCCAGCUUCAGCCUUCAGUCUGAUGUACGUCUCCGUCAUCUUCCCAAGAGUUCGUGCUACAAUAUCAAUGUCAUCGGUGAAGCCAAAUUGCUGAACAGACUUCCUAAAUAUCGUGCCACUCGUGUCGAUACUAGCCCUACGUAUCACACCUUCCAAAGCGAUGUUGAAUAGCAAGCACGAUAAUCCAUCACCUUGCCGUAACCCUCUUCGACAUUCGAAGGGACUCGAGAGUGUCCCUGAAACUCGAACUACGCACAUCACCCGAUCCAUCGUCGACUUGACUAAUCAUUUCAGUUUAUCCGGGAAACCGUAAUCGUGCAUAAUCUGCCAUAGCUGAUCUCAAUCGAUUGUGUCAUACGCAGAUUAGAAAACGAUAAACAAAUGAUGUAUAGGCACAUUAUAUUCACGGCACUUCUGUAGGACCUACCGUGACGCGAAUAUUUGGUCCGUGGUGGCGCGGGCACCCAUAAAUCUCGCUUAGUAUUGCCCCACGAAUUCCCUCGCAAACGGUGAUAGUCGAUAGUCGGCACAAAAUUUGAGAGAGUACCUUGUAGGCGGCGUUCAGUAGCGUGAUUGCAUGGUAGUUGCAGCAAGUCGCUUUUUUGUAGAUGGGGCACACUGUACCCUCCAUCCACUCAUCUAAUACUACCUCUUCAUCCCAAAUCUUAGCAAUAACCCAGUGUAGUGCCUCACCCAGACAUUCGCCACCGUAUUUCAACAGUUCGCUGGGGAGUUGGUCAGCUCCAGCGGCUUUGUUGUUUUUCAGCCGGCCGAUCUCCUCUUUAAUCUCCUAGAGGUCAGGGGCUGGAAUUCUGUCGUCAUCAGCGCGUACAAAGAGAGCUACUACAACUCAAUCGUUGUCCUCUACUCACCGUAGUACUGCUUUCACCUUUCAAUCACCUCACACCCUGCACAUGCCGGUUCCGUGCACGUUGGUAGCGCUCCACGUUCGCCCUCGUUUGGUGUUGCAGUAUACUCGCUCGUGCUGCACUCUUCUUUUCCACUAACUGUUUACACUUGUGGACAAACCUUCUCCUGUUCGAAGCCAUUGUACCAAGUGCCGCUACAGCAGUACUACCUAUGGCUGACCGAAUGUCCCUCGGGCCGUUUUCAAGAGUAGCUGCGCCAAGCUGCUCUUUCGUUGGUGAUGCUGCUUCCAGCUGCUGCGCGUACUCUCGUGCAAUUUCGGCGUCCCGUAGCUGCCCGAUGUUUGGUCGCAAAGGGCGACUUUGACGCGUGUUUCGCACCGUCGAAAGUUUUGAGCGCAUGCAGAGGUAAUGGUCCGAAUGUAUAUUCGCACUGCGGUAGGUGUGAAUGUUGAUGUCAUCUGAGAAAAAAUUUACCAUCCAUUAGAACGUGGUCGAUUUGGUUUUCCACUUGUAAGUCAGGUGAUCUUCAGGUGGCUUUGUGGAUGUUUUUACGGGGGGAAAAGAUAAUUCUUACUACCAUACCGCAGGAGGCUGCAAAGCUCACACAUCGUUGUCCGUUAUCAUUUGAUGCGGCGUGCAGGCUGACGAUCUUAACGUCCCGCCAUCAUACAGCCAUCAUACACAUGCUCCAGCUGCGCAUAGAAUGUUUCUUUCUCAUCGUUGGGUCUUCCUUCGUGUGGGCAGUGCACGUUAAUAAUGCUGUAGUUAAAGAACCGGCCCUUUAUUCUCAAUUGCCAGCCGAUCACGCGUUAGCGUAUCCUACCCAACACUAUAAAGCCAGUCCCAAGCUCGUUGGUGGUGCCACAGCCCUAAUAAAAGGUAGUCUCUCGAUGUCCGCUUUUCAUACCUUCUGUCCUGACCAGCAAAGUUCCUGCAGUGUUACGAUUUCGAAGUUGCGUGGAUUGAGUUCAUCUUAAAUGAUCCUGUCGCAGCCGUGAAAGCCUAACGAUCUGCAGUUCUAUGUACCAAGUUUCCAAUCGUAGUCCUUAUUUCGUCGCCUAGGUCUGUGCCGAUUGCUCCGAUCGGUAUUUCCUUUUUCGAUAUUUGCAACGUUUUGUGUUUUGCGGGCCGGCUUGUUGGGCCUUCCCCAACCCCCUGUCUCGCCGGGUACCUUUGUGCCAGCACUGUUUAGAGUCUUAGGCUGAUACCAAGACGCUGAUCAGCCGCUAAUAACAUGGCGAUCAGAGGCUGUUUUCAGCCGCACCAUCUUGGUGAACAGACGCUCAGGUUGGCGAAGCAUUUCCUCUACCGCCGAGAUAUGGUUAACGCGCCAAUGAUCCCGUCGCACCUUCUCAUUUAGCUAUUGUCGGAUGACAACAUUUCCCAUGUUUCAACUGGUAGUCUAUUGUAUCAUAUGACUCGUGGAGGCGUGAGAUAGGAAUUUGUGCGGGCCGGAGGUAAGUUUGAGCCCCCAUGAAGAUAUUUUUUGCUCUCAAAAGCCUUCCCGAUCAGUCAAAACUGUCAGGAUUAUAACAAAUCUUGAUAUUUUGUUACGAACUUUGUGUAUCAACUUGUGUUCUAAACUUGGUCUCGUUAAUAGUUGAAAUAUCAAAAUUUCUAUCAAAAUACUUACUGAUUAUUACAAAUUAUAGCAAGUUCUGUAAGGUUUUUGGCAGAAAAAGAUCAGAAUUAGUUAGAAAGUACAAUAUUUUUUUCACAUUCACAUUUUUAACAUUCAAGUGCAUGAUAACAAAAUUUGGUAUAAUUCUGCACUUUUUAUCAUAUGGCAUAUCAAGAAGAUCACAGGCCUUUUUAUUUAUGUCAAAUUCAGAUAUAUUUGUGUUACCCGUUUGUUAUAAUCGUUUGAUCGGGUUCACGUUUGAUUUGGUUCCAUUUACUUGAUCAGUUCUUGAGUUGUGCCAAAAUAUGUGUUUCAUUUGUACGGGAGCUCUUCCUUUCAGAAGAAAGAUGGGUGUUAAACCUUUGUAAUAACAUUUUUUGUCCCCACAUACCUUUACAUACCAAAUUUGGUUCAAUUUAUUUGAUUAUUACUAGACUUAUGCCGAAAGUUGUAUUUUAUUUGUACUGGAUUCCUCCUUUACAGUAGAGAGAGCGGUCUCGAACUAUCCCAAUCACCUUUUCCGCCCCCAAAGACCCCUACAUACAAAUUUUCACUCCGAUCGGUUCAGUAGUUUCCAAGUCUAUUUGGAUCAGACAGACAGACAAAUCUGCAUUUUUAUAUGUUUAGUGUCGACUGUCACUAUUCAAAUCCGUGAGGACGAACCACCUUGUUAUGGAAUUAUUAACGAAACCAUUAAAUUGUUUUCCCGACUGUUGGCCUUUAAGAGGUUAUCAAGCCAAUGUUUCCUGCAAGUACUUUAAAAACCUUUUUGUUGAAUCUUGUUUAUUGUUUACAACCACUCCUAAUCAAAGUUUCCUCAAGUGGACUUAUAAAAAUCGAAGCCGAUUUCUUCUUACUGAUUUUACGCGAUAAGUAUGAUCUAGUAGAGUUGAGGUCUUUGCAAUGACUAAAAAUUGGUGUUUGUUAUCAAAACUUUUCACAUCGCUUCAGUUACAAACACAUCUUAUCAAUUAAGAAUGUCAAUUGCGAAAAUGUACCGUUCAUGAUUAAUCCGCAUACUCCAAAACAGCAACAGUUACUCUAGUCCUCUUCAUUAAGUAGUGGUAGUGGUCACGCUUUCUUUAGAAAGACAUUAAUUACAAUUAUUAGCAUAUAGGAAUUAGUUGCUCCAAAAUACAAGCAGAAGAAGAACAUAUCAUACAAGACAAUAUUAAAACUAAUUUUAAGUUUGAUAAAACAGCUAGUACACAUAGCUCUUGAUAGAAAAAGGCGCUAUAAUUUACACAAGUCAUCAAUUAAACAAUCCAGUUUGAGAGAAGUUUCAAAACAACUUUAACUGAGCGCAAACUCGUCUAGCAUUGCCUUUAAAUUAGGCAGUCAUAGUCCAAGCAGGGGGAUGUGGAGCGUUUCUCAGUGAAAACUUUUCAAUUGGUUACUCAGUCAGAGUACUGAAAACCCUCAAAGUACACAUGCGUUUCUGUUGCUGCAGAAUAUGGUGAACAAUGAUUGCAUUUGCACCAUCCAGAAGUAUCCGAAAAAUAUAUUUUAAGUGAUCAUGCAAACAAAAGUUUUCCAGUUGCGGUAAAAGUCUUAUUACAUAUUUUGUGCGGUCAGGGCCUCGAAUGGGCUCGCAAAUGCCGUUGUCUGUGUGAGUAUGUUUGCAUCUACUUGUUUGACCUGGAAAUACGAUGUGAAAAUUAUUAAAUUGUUUAAAACUGGUUACUGGUGGUACAUGGUGGAACACCCUUGCUGCCUUCCUCUUGCAGACACAGAAGUGAACGAGUCAAACUUUUCGAAACUGAAGAGAAGCCUCUUGUACUAAAAGGAUAGGAGUGUUUUCGAGUGCGCUUUACAUAAAUCAAAACUAGUCUACUGGUUGGUGGAAUGGAACCAAUAUUUAACUGUUAUGUUUCCUAAAAAAAUUGACAAAUAAAAAUCAUUUUAACAUCAAUGUCAACACAGAUAGUUCGAAAUAUAUUACGUUGAAGAUAGAUGAGAUAACAGACUGAUGAUCUUCAAAAUUUAAAUCAGUUUCAAAUCUGAUCAAAAAUCAAUCAAUAUGAAAUAAAAAUCAGUUAGACACCUAAUUAUGGACACAUUUCAAUACCAAAUGGAGUCACAACGUAAAACCCAUUGUCAAAUAAUAUGGGAAACAGUGCACACUAACAGCUUUUGGUCACUAACAAACUCGAUCUAAGCUGUUGUAAAAUUACAAAAUUCAAUUAUCAUACGCUCUCACCCGAUUUCGUCUGAACAAGCAAUCAUCAUCAAUGGACAAUGAGCUGCGUGUAUAGCGCAUGUUACGGAGUAUCCUUAGCCGAAUCAGACUUGCAAUAACAAAGUUUCAACUUGCAAUGCUGUGUGCUCUAUACCCGAAACCCCCCACCCUGCUCGAACGAUGCAAUGGUCAUCCUACUGCCCGCAACAACCACCAACCACGGCGACGACGAUAGAGCUUCGGCAAUAUCGAUGGCAGUACCCAAUGACACUGGGAAGCCCGGCCGAACGACUCUCCUCGGUUGCAACAGAAUCGAAACAACAUCCAAUCGAACAAUCGAACCAUGAACUGUGUCGGUAAACUCAGUCAUCCUGAAUUGUAAUACGGAGGGAACGGGUAAUCGAAACGGCAGCGGACCGAGGGGCAAAGCUGGUCCACAAGCACUAUUCUGGAAGAGUUGUAAUCCAAUUGGCCUCUACGAAACUGGAAGAUGAACAACGGCUUUGUACGGACGACUGCCACCGGCGAAAGUACAGCAUAGUACAUUGUCCUAUAUUGUCAAUACUUCGCUCAAAAAUAUUUGAAGUUCUUUUAUGAAUUGGAGUUAUUCAACAAAAAAUAGAUCAAUCUACAUGCAAAAUUGUUAGAUUAUCGAAUUUUGGCUUGUAGGUUUAUUAUCUCUCAGUUCUAAGAAGGUUGAAGAAACUUUUUUUUUGUUUGCGAUAAUUGAUUUAUUUACUGCAUUUUCGAUUUUGAAUAAUUGAUUUAUUCUUCAUGUUGCCUGAGCAGUGCACCAGGAACAACUUGUUAACUGUUGGUUGGUUGCUACAAUUCCAUUGUUCGGAGGAACUUGCAUCCGCCAUGGUCUUUCCAAUCGCCAACCCAAGCUGCUGGUACUUGUGUGGAACAAACUGUUGACACCCACCCAUACUCAAGCUCCUCGGAAUCAACGCCAAGGCGGUUGUAACCAGUAAGAGUUCAAGUGUGUCUUGAGAGAUUUAUGCUCUCACACCACCUGAUAGCUGCACUUUUGUGAACCUGCUACUAAAGGAAAGAAUACUCUUAGCCAGUCGACCAGCCACCCCCUCGGUUCUGGAAAAUAGUCCACAAUGAACUGCACAUAUGGCAAUGUUGUUCUGAACAGUACUCAAGCUUGACACUGCCCUACCGGUGCACUUCCGUUCAAUCCCUAAAGGAAUAUAUUAUAUAGCAAGCGAUGCACUGCCCGAACGCGGGAGUUUCUUCUGUGAUGGCCUUCUUAUUGCUGGUCCGAGAGAAUGAGGCCAAGGCAGUGUAUGUACACACCGAACAUCAUCAAUAAACGUCUUGCUGCAUCAGCGGCUCAAGAUCUGUUGCACUUCAGUGUUGCAGUUGUGUGAAAGGAUGGAAAAGCGCUAAACAAUGCCGGAAGGGAUUAAUAAUGCAUCUGGUAUAACAAUCGAUAAGGGUGUUAAAGUUUGCUUCUUUGCGCCUGUGUCCGAGUCGUAUCCAUCUCGUACCAGGUGUGCUAUUGCCACUAAAUGUACAGUCCGGGCCAAAAGCGGGGUCCAAUCGAACUAGAAUACUUUUAGUUUUGUGAUCAGUGUGGGAAACCAAACAUCAUAUUAACUUUUUUUCUCCGUUACUGUUCUUGAUAACACUUGUUUCUUACGCGGAACUGGCGGAAACUGUAUCCUAUUAACAAAAAGGAUAGUAAAUAUAUCAAGAGAUACUCACUGCAUUGAAUGAUGUGAAAAUUGUGCGGACGAUGAAAUAAGAUAGCCAUUUUCAUUCCAAUGAGCAAUCAAAGAACUCAAUGAACACAGGCACAAGCGCAGACUCGAGGCAUAACGAACGUGAGGCGUAAUGGAUAAUAGAGGCAUGCUGCCACAAGGCAUAAUCGACGCGAUGUCGAAUACAAUAUUAUAUGAUCGCCUGUGAUUCAUUUAUCGUGACUAUAUAUCCCGGAUUUGCAACAUCCCUUUCACAACAGAAUGUCUAUUAAAAAUAUGUCCCACGUUUGAUGAUUAACAAAAAGCGUCCUUCAAUGAAUUCUAUAUUUUAUUCAAAUAUAAGUGUAAAUAUAUUAAUGAAGAAUUUAGAGCGGGCAUAAUAUUUUUUCAUAAAUCAUGCGGCGAAGACGCAUCAUCGAGGUAGUAUAAGCCGCCUUGGUUUUCGCAGUCCGAGGCGACCGCCCAACCGCCGUCAGAAGCGGCGGCCUCUUGCACACAAACUAGUUUGCGAGCUCUACUCAAAUAAAUUUUCCCCUAGUUAAGUCCGAACAAACGGUAGCGAGUAAAUUUCAAAUUUGCGGCUGCUAAUUUCACGAUGAAGGAAAAUAUUGAAAUUUCAAACAUGGAAAGGUGUGGGGGCGUAUGAGUUUUCGUUCAUGAUUCUGCAGAUUGAAACUUCUCUCAAAACUAACUUUCCCAUUGCUUAACUAAUUUGUCGAAAAAUCUACUCCCGGGUAAAUAGUUUGUUCAACUAAAUUCAAAUUAAUAGGACAAAUAUAAUUCCAACCGACGAGUUUAUUGCAUACAACGAUUGUAGUAGCUAAGCGCAAAAGUUGAAUAAAAUAUAAUAUACAAAAAAUGCAAUUCAAGUAAUUGUAACGAUGAUAAUAUUUAUACAUUUUUAGAGCGUGCUCUUGUCAUAGACAUCAAGAUGCAUGAAGAGACAAAAAAGUUUAAUUCUUACGAUUUACAUUUUUAGCAACAGUGAAAACAUAGUGAAAGUAGCAGCAAUGUAAGAGCAACAAAGAAGUGCAUAGAAAACGAUAACCAUGUAGGUGAGAUUAUGUACAUCAGAAUGAAAAGGCAAAAGGCAACACCGGUAGAACAUGACACAUUAGUUAUUAUCUUUUUUGUAAUCUUUUGGAUUAAAAAGUUGUUCGAGUCAACGUAGGAACAAAGGUGCACAAACGUUUAAAAAAAAGGUCACGCAAAGAUCAAACAUUGCAAGCAUUUUUGAGUAAUUAACUUGACAGUUGAUUGAUACGUAUUCCUAAAAAUCAUUAGUUUCAGAGUUUAUGUAUUGCAAAAAUACUAACUAAAAGCGGUCCUCUACUCAACACGGCCAUAAGAAAAAAUCCUGAUUUGCUAAUGAAAUAAAUAUGAUCCUUUUAGUUCAAACGAAACAUGUCCAUGAAGAUAUUGUCUAGCCUAAACAACAACACCGAUAUAACUAACCAUCAAAUCAGAGAGGAUCGCUUAAACGGUCAUAAAAUUAAAAGCAAAGUGCAGAGCGAUAAAAAAAGACAUAAUAAGGCUUUUGGGGGGGCUACCCACCCGGAAGGUAUUGCCACAAUAAAAUAAAGGGUGGUAGGAAUACAAUAAAAUAUUCAAUUAGAGGAGGCAAAGCUUUGUUAUAGUAUUAGACAAGUAGAUGGUAAACAACCGCAGCCCCAGCAGCAGCGUCAAAUUAACGGAAAAGCAAUUUCAAACCAAUUAUAAUCGAAUAAAUUCAACAGACCAAACAAUUGAGGCGUUGUUUGAAAGGAGAAAUUGCUCCAUCAAAAAUAACCCCUCGAGCAAAGAAAACCUCGAUUUCGGGAACGAUGCUCCGGAAGCAACCGUUGGAUCUAUGAAGGGAAUAAACAACAAUAUUUACAGUCAUUUGAAGUAGCAUUUAGAGAAAACCAGUGAAAAAAAAACAAACGAAAAGUAAAUGCAACAAAUUUAAAAAAAAAGUAUAUAUAUAUAAUGAAAUAGGCCUUUUUUGAUAAUUUUUCAAAUAUAUUUACAUUAACAGCCGGGAAGGAAUAGCAACCAUAUAUUACUUAGGGUUUGGCAGAUACUGUAGUUUGUAAUUACUAGACUUAUAAUAUAACGUGAAGCAAAAGCAAGUAAUGUAUUAAGUAGAUUGCUUUCAAGCGGGACACUCCCUGGAAAUAAACCAAAUUACAUAACUGUAGAAUAAGCAAUACAUAAAAUGAAAAACAAAACCAAGCACAGCAAUUUGAAAGACCUAUAACCUAGUGAUGCAAUAUGUCCCGUUUGAAUUAAACACUUCACAAACAAACAAAUAAGUAAACAUAGAAAAGAAAUUAUUUGCUCUUGGUAUAUUAGUUUUACGAACGAAGUAUCACAGCUAUGAAUAUAUGCAAAAACAAUGUACAGCAAUCUCCACUAUAUUGUUUUUACCAACAUCAAACACACAUACAAAAUACAUGUAACACGAUAAAUCAAACAUUCAGAACCAUAAAAUGACAGUGAAAGGAGCUAAACAAGCAAAAAAUCUAGUGAUUAUAGCCUCGAAAAGCAAUAAAACAUAUUUUUAGAAUUCAA